CCACAUGCACCACAACGUCCACCAGACCAGAGGCAGGAUGUCUCUGAGCAACUCUGCGGUGGACAGACCCCCUUGGAAGAACCACAGCUUCUCCCUGGGAGGGAGCCGAGACCCCCCUCUGUCUGACCAAGGAGAGACCAUCAUCGGAGUCUACCUACUGUUGCUGGGCUGGAUGUCCUGGUUUGGGAACAGCAUCGUCCUCUUCGUCCUGUACAGACAGAGAGCUUCCCUGCAGCCCAGCGACUACCUGACAUUCAACCUGGCAGUCUCCGACGCCAGCAUCUCUGUGUUCGGCUACUCCAGAGGCAUCAUCCAGAUCUUCAACGUCUUCCAGGACAGCGGCUUCCUCAUCUCCUCCAUCUGGACCUGCCAGGUGGAUGGUUUCUUCACCCUGGUCUUCGGUCUGAGCAGCAUCUACACGCUGACGGUGAUCAGCAUCACCCGCUUCAUCAAAGGAUGUCACCCGAGCAGAGCUCAUCACAUCACCAGGGGUAGCGUGUUCCUAUGUCUGCUCUUCAUCUGGGUCACUGCCGGGUUCUGGUCUGGAGCGCCGCUGCUCGGAUGGGGGAGCUACACAGAUCGGGGGUAUGGAACCUGUGAGAUUGACUGGGCCAAAGCCAACUACUCCACCAUCUACAGGUCUUACAUCAUCUCCAUCUUCAUUUUCUGCUUCUUCGUGCCGGUGCUUGUCAUGCUCUUCUGCUACGUGUCCAUCAUAAACACGGUGAAGAGAGGAAACGCCCUUUCAGCAGAGGGAGACCUGACCGACCGACAGAGGAAGAUCGAAAGAGACGUCACCAUUGUUUCCAUCGUGAUCUGCACGGCCUUCAUCCUGGCCUGGUCUCCCUACGCUGUGGUGUCCAUGUGGUCUGCCUGGGGCUUCCACGUGCCCAACCUCACCAGCAUCUUCACUCGCCUCUUCGCCAAGUCAGCCAGCUUCUACAACCCCCUCAUCUACUUCGGCCUCAGCUCCAAGUUCCGCAAAGAUGUCACUAUCCUUCUCCCCUGCACCCGCAAAGCCAAAGACACGGUCAGGUUGAAGCGCUUCAAGCCACAGGCCGACCCCCAGGGACGCCUGGCCGCAGGAGGCGGAGCCAGGCUCAAAGUUGCUCUGAACAGGUCUGACAAGAAGUACUCAUACAUGAACCAGCCCCCUCAGGCCGCCACCCCCGACUCCGGGCUAGGGAGCCCACCCAAUACGCCGCCCCCCUUCAACAUGGAGGUGUACCACAUCAACAUGCCCCUCCCCUCGGAGGCGGGCAAGGAGUUUGAGUGCGUGAGACUGUGAUGGAUCAAAAACCUCUGAAACUUCAGUCAGUAAAACAUGCUGGCAGUUUUGACCCCCUUGUUUACCUGAUCUCACAUCCCCUGAGAUGAUCAGAGGAAACACUGAACUUCCUUUGUGCCCCAUGUUACUCCUGCAUGGAUCCUCGGCCUUUCCCUGUACUGGGUUUCUGGGGGCUAUAAAGGGGUUUGUGUCAGUCAGCUGCCCCUGCAUGCUGAAGUGUCCUGUUGUCAUGGUAACUGGUCAUAACAGAUGUGCCAGAAGCAGUGGAAGAAAUCUUGGUGUGUCUUCAAGGAAACAGCUGAGCCAGAAACAGACAUUCCCACAAUGUGACCGGCGCCAUGACAACAGCUGCCAGCAGGGCGGUGCCAUUCAGGACUAAAUCAUUCUUUCUUCAUGGAUUUGUCUCAUUUUACCCGUUAGCUGUAAAAAAUGAGGACAUUCUUCUGUUGAAAGGGUUUUAUUUUGUUUUGUUGAUUACAGAACUGAGACGUAGGAUGUGUUUGUGCCUGAUAUGUGAUUGUUGGACCAGUAUCUGAUUUUCUGCUGUAACCAUGACAACCUAGACACCCUGUGACGUCAUCCACAGGUUUAGAGUGCAGCUUAAGAGUGCUUUUGAAGCCUUUGUCCUUGUUAAGCCUGAAAGCCUGCUGGGACACGCCCACCUCUUAGACUUAGAUAGCCAUUUACAGACAUCAAACAGUUCACAACAGUAGACUUGCCUGUGUUCUCCUGAAGGGUUCUAAACCUUUAUGACGGAGUUCAGGUGGGAAGGUCUGGACCCUUAUAGACCAGGACACAGGUGUGACGUUAGGAUUGGUGAACAGAUAUGACAUUAGGAUCGGUGAACAGAUAUGACGUUAGGAUCGGUGAACAGGUGUGACGUUAGGAUCGGUGAACAGGUGUGACGGGAGGAUGGGUGAACAGGUGUGCAGGGGCCAGCAGGUGAACAGGUGUGGCGGGAGGAUCGGUGAACAGGUGUGACAUUAGGAUCGGUGAACAGGUGUGAUGUUAGGAUCGGUGAACAGGUGUGACGGGAGGAUGGGUGAACAGGUGUGCAGGGGCCAGCCGGUGAACAGGUGUGGCGGGAGGAUCGGUGAACAGGUGUGACGUUAGGAUCGGUUAACAGGUGUGAUGAGAGGAUCGGUGAACAGGUGUGCAGGGGCCAGCAGGUGAACAGGUGUGCAGGGGCCAGCAGGUGUGCAGGGGCCAGCAGAUGAACAGGUGUGCAGGGGCCAGCAGGUGAACAGGUGUGCAGGGGCCAGCAGGUGAACAGGUGUGCAGGUGCCAGCAGGUGAGGGCUUAGCCCAGAUGGUUUCAGGGACCAUCACCAAAUGUUCUUUGUACAAGACCUCUUGUAGUUUUAGUGCUUUCUUGUGAACUCUACGGUAAAAUACCUGUCACAUGACUGCAGACCACCAGCUUCCAGAUGUUUGUAUCUGCAAAACAAUACAAAUAUAAAGAUAUAUAACUUCACAUUUUGUUUUAGAAUAAAUGUGACUUGGCCAGAAAGAUGCGGCCUGCUCACUCCUCAGGUUAAGGAGGAGACCUGAGCUCAGUGCAGGGCCCUCCCGGGGUUGGUAAAGGAUGGCAAUGCCCAGGACUGUCACUUAGGUAGGAGCACGGGGUGGUAAAAAUGGGAAAAAACUGGGAUAACAUUUUUUUUUUAAAUGUGACUUGGCCAAACUCUCUCUGUCUCCAUCAGUCACCCUUUACUCUCUCUUUCUCCUCACUCGCCCGUUACUUUCUCUUUCUCCAUCACUCGCUCCUUACUCACUCUCCCUGUCACUCGCCCUUUACUCUCUCUCUCUCCGUCACUCUCCCUUUACUCUCUCUUUCUCCUCACUUGCCCGUUACUUUUUCUUUCUCACCACAAACUACAGUUAACUACAGUACCACAAAAUACAGUGAAGUAAGGAAUCAGCAACGUGUUAACAUUGGAGAGAGAGAAGCAUUACUGCUGUGAUCAGUCUGUAGCAGCAUUUACUGCAUCAUAGUCUGCGGAGGCACCGGCGUGUCUGCGGAGGCAC